AUGCGGGUUUUGACGAGAUCCGGAUACCAAUUUCGUAUACGUCAAUCACGGCGUCACACGUUCUCACGUCACUCGCUCGACGCCUUCGUGUGCCCUCCCCGUCGCCCUCGCUUCCCCUCCCCGUCGCCCUCGCUUCCCCUUCCCGUCGCCGUCGCUUCCCCUCCCCGUCGCCCUCGCUUCCCCUCCCCGUCGCCCUCGCUUCCCCUUCCCGUCGCCGUCGCUUCCCCUCCCCGUCGCCCUCGCUUCCCCUCCCCGUCGCCCUCGCUUCCCCUCCCCGUCGCCCUCGCUUCCCCUCCCCGUCGCCCUCGCUUCCCCUCCCCGUCGCCCUCGCUUCCCCUCCCUGUCGCCCUCCCUUCCCCUGCCAUCGCCGUAUCCCUCGCCCUCGCUGCCCCUGCUCGUAACCCUCACCCCCCCCUCCAUCUAAGGAUGGUCGAAUCUGCUGGGUUAUUCGCGGAUUACCUCGCGUCGCUGCCGGCCGCGCAGCUCGACCGCCUAUACUCCUCCCUCUACACGUGCCAAGCCCAACGGACCUUCUCUUCUCACCAGUCGUUCCCCCACCUGCGCCUCCCUUGGUUCCCCCACCCACGCAUUCAUAUGCGCCACUGCACCCCCACCACUCUCCCCGCACCCCAUUCUCACCGCACCACACCCCCUUCUUUCCCCCCUCGCAUGCUACUCACUCCCCUCACCAACCCUCUGUCCCCACUCCCCUUCCGCAGCUCUCCCCCCUCCUGCCGCACUUCCGCUUCACUUCCCUCUCCCUCAUUCAUCCCAAUCCCUUCCUCCCCCGCUCGCAUCCAGGCCACUCCCUCCUCUGGUCCAGCAGGGCGUGUUGUCACCCCCACACACACCUCCGUUCCUUUCUCCCCUCCUCCCCCUUCCUUCACCUCCUCUUUUCCGCCCCCACCUCCGUCCGUUCCCCCUCCCACCACAGACUUUCCCUCCUCCAUUGUGUCCUUCCCUUCCUCCUUCCGUGCACCCUCCUUCUCCCCACCCCACCCUCCCAUCCGCAGUCCCUGCACCUUCCAUCCAAAGAAGUCCCUGCCCCCGCUAGCCAAGAGAUACGUGUUGCGACUGCUCUUCCUCACCGACCCUGUGCCCCCCGCAUUCCUUCUCCCCGCUUUCCCUUCCCACCCCUCCUCCCCCCACACUAACCCCACCCGCAGGUCCCUCCCUCCACUGGCCAAGCAGUACGUGCUGCAACUGCAAUUCCUCACCGACCCUGUGCCUGCCGCACUUUUCUCCCACCGCUUCCCACCCCCUGCCACCUCCCUCCCCUCCCACACUAACCCCGCCCCCCCAGCAAAGCAGUACGUGCUGCGACUGCUCUUCCUCACCGACCCUGUGCCCGCCGCGCUCGUUGCUGAUUGGCCCAAGCCCGAGGCCCACAGCAAGCACAAGGCGGCCCUUGACAGGCUGCAGCAGCUGCGCCUGCUGCUGCCAUGCAGCCCCCAAUCAUCACUUCCCCUCCUCCAUCCGCCCCACAUGCAGCAAAACAGGGUUGCUGACAGCAUCGCAUCUGCAUCAGCAUUAUUUAGUCGACUCAAAAGUCACCUCCCCCCGUUCAUCCACCCCACGUGCAGCGAAACAGGGUCUCUAGCAGCAUCAGCGUCGUCAGCAUCGCCAGCAGCGUUCCGCCUGAACCCCACCUUCCAGCAGCAGCUGCAGCAUGCUCUCACGUCGGGUUUCCUCCCCUUCAGCUCACCCCCUUUGUCGCCCAACCGUCCCUCCCUAUCAUCACCUCACCUCACUACCUCCCUGCUUGUCGCUGCUGAUGAAGAGCCAGUAGCACAGGGGGAGGAACAGGGUGCUGCUGCUGCUGUCAUCACACAAGUCUCAUCCUUCUCCUGUGAUCCUGCCCUCCCAUGCUUCUCCCCCUCCCAUGCUUCUCCCCCUCCCAUGCUUCUCCCCCUCCCAUGCUUCUCCCCCUCCCAUGCUUCUCCCCCUCCCAUGCUUCUCCCCCUCCCAUGCUUCUCCCCCUCCCAUGCUUCUCCCCCUCCCAUGCUUCUCCCCCUCCCAUGCUUCUCCCCCUCCCAUGCUUCUCCCCCUCCCAUGCUUCUCCCCCUCCCAUUCUUUUCCCCCCGCUGUUCUUCUCGCCACUCCUUUCUUCUCCUCCCCACUUUCUCCCCCCAUGCCAGGACAGGGGGCAUGACAGGGAGGCACGACCAGUGGUUCAUCCCCACGCACCUUGCAGCAGCUCUCUCCUCCAGCCUAUCAGAAUCUGCCACGUCAGACUCAGAGGGCUUCAUAGUGGUGGAGACCAACUUCAGAGUGUAUGCGUACACACAGUCCAAGCUGCAGGCAGAGAUUUUAUCGCUCUUCAUGAGUCCACCAAAAAGUCUCCUCCUCGCUGCCUCUCCCUUCCUGCCUCUCCCUCUGCCCCUGCUUCAACUCUCGCAGGUUGGAGUAUCGGCUGCCCAAUCUGGUGGUGAGAGAGAUGAGGCGAGAGAAAGUCAACGCCAUGUGCCAGCUCCCAACGCCAUGCCUCUCCCUCCCUGCCGCUCCCAACGCCAUGCCUCUCCCUCCCUGCCGCUCCCAACGCCAUGCCUCUCCCUCCCUGCCGCUCCCAACGCCAUGCCUCUCCCUCCCUGCCGCUCCCAACGCCAUGCCUCUCCCUCCCUGCCGCUCCCACGCCAUGCCUCUCCCUCCCUGCCGCUCCCAACGCCAUGCCUCUCCCUCCCUGCCGCUCCCAACGCCAUGCCUCUCCCUCCCUGCCGCUCCCAACGCCAUGCCUCUCCCUCCCUGCCGCUCCAACGCCAUGCCUCUCCCUCCCUGCCGCUCCCAACGCCAUGCCUCUCCCUCCCUGCCGCUCCCAACGCCAUGCCUCUCCCUCCCUGCCGCUCCCAACGCCAUGCCUCUCCCUCCCUGCCGCUCCCAACGCCAUGCCUCUCCCUCCCUGCCAGCUCCCAACGCCAUGCCUCUCCCUCCCUGCCGCUCCCAACGCCAUGCCUCUCCCUCCCUGCCGCUCCCAACGCCAUGCCUCUCCCUCCCUGCCGCUCCCAACGCCAUGCCUCUCCCUCCCUGCCGCUCCCAACGCCAUGCCUCUCCCUCCCUGCCAGCUCCCAACGCCAUGCCUCUCCCUCCCUGCCGCUCCCAACGCCAUGCCUCUCCCUCCCUGCCGCUCCCAACGCCAUGCCUCUCCCUCCCUGCCGCUCCCAACGCCAUGCCUCUCCCUCCCUGCCGCUCCCAACGCCAUGCCUCUCCCUCCCUGCCGCUCCCAACGCCAUGCCUCUCCCUCCCUGCCGCUCCCAACGCCAUGCCUCUCCCUCCCUGCCGCUCCCAACGCCAUGCCUCUCCCUCCCUGCCGCUCCCAACGCCAUGCCUCUCCCUCCCUGCCGCUCCCAACGCCAUGCCUCUCCCUCCCUGCCGCUCCCAACGCCAUGCCUCUCCCUCCCUGCCGCUCCAACGCCAUGCCUCUCCCUCCCUGCCGCUCCCAACGCCAUGCCUCUCCCUCCCUGCCGCUCCCAACGCCAUGCCUCUCCCUCCCUGCCGCUCCCAACGCCAUGCCUCUCCCUCCCUGCCGCUCCCAACGCCAUGCCUCUCCCUCCCUGCCGCUCCCAACGCCAUGCCUCUCCCUCCCUGCCGCUCCCAACGCCAUGCCUCUCCCUCCCUGCCGCUCCCAACGCCAUGCCUCUCCCUCCCUGCCGCUCCCAACGCCAUGCCUCUCCCUCCCUGCCGCUCCCAACGCCAUGCCUCUCCCUCCCUGCCAGCUCCCAACGCCAUGCCUCUCCCUCCCUGCCGCUCCCAACGCCAUGCCUCUCCCUCCCUGCCGCUCCCAACGCCAUGCCUCUCCCUCCCUGCCGCUCCCAACGCCAUGCCUCUCCCUCCCUGCCGCUCCCAACGCCAUGCCUCUCCCUCCCUGCCGCUCCCAACGCCAUGCCUCUCCCUCCUGCCGCUCCCAACGCCAUGCCUCUCCUCCCUGCCGCUCCCAACGCCAUGCCUCUCCCUCCCUGCCGCUCCCAACGCCAUGCCUCUCCCUCCCUGCCGCUCCCAACGCCAUGCCUCUCCCUCCCUGCCGCUCCCAACGCCAUGCCUCUCCCUCCCUGCCGCUCCCAACGCCAUGCCUCUCCCUCCCUGCCGCUCCCAACGCCAUGCCUCUCCUCCCUGCCGCUCCCAACGCCAUGCCUCUCCCUCCCUGCCGCUCCCAACGCCAUGCCUCUCCCUCCCUGCCGCUCCCAACGCCAUGCCUCUCCCUCCCUGCCGCUCCCAACGCCAUGCCUCUCCCUCCCUGCCGCUCCCAACGCCAUGCCUCUCCCUCCCUGCCGCUCCCAACGCCAUGCCUCUCCCUCCCUGCCGCUCCACGCCAUGCCUCUCCCUCCCUGCCGCUCCCAACGCCAUGCUCUCCCUCCUGCCGCUCCCAACGCCAUGCCUCUCCCUCCCUGCCGCUCCCAACGCCAUGCCUCUCCCUCCCUGCCGCUCCCAACGCCAUGCCUCUCCCUCCCUGCCGCUCCCAACGCCAUGCCUCUCCCUCCCUGCCGCUCCCAACGCCAUGCCUCUCCCUCCCUGCCGCUCCCAACGCCAUGCCUUCCUCCCUCCCUGCCGCUCCCAACGCCAUGA